AUGUCCUCAAACCAACUUAGCCCGAGUAGAGCCACAGGUAGCAUUACUUGCGAGUCAGACCGCGCCAUUCGCAAAGACGGCCUAGAUGGCGCCAGUGCUGCCGAAGAUACUGUCGCAGAGCCUAGUGUCGACGAGACAGACUACUAUGACGCCGUUGAAUACGCACCUCCGGCGCCAUGGCAAGAAGCACACGAUGCACUGCAGCAACAAAUCGCCCUCGACAACAGGCAGAGCGACUCGAAAGAUAGCAUGCCACAAAAUGUAUUUGCAGACAUCGGGCUGAAUGAUGAUUCAUGGAUUCAAAGCGUAUUACCGCCAGGUGUUUAUGCUACAUCCAUGAAUUUUGCAUCGAGUCUGGAUGGAGGGAUGAUGACGCCGCAACAGAGACGACAACAUUUCGCUGCUCUGUAUCGGCAGCGGCUUCAACUCAUGCAGCGCCACCAGGCCCGUGAAAUGAGCCAACAGAUACGAGCUCAACUGCAGGCAAUGGCACGAAGGGUGUGCACGGCAUAUCACAGUGACGCCAGUUUGCCGAGUUCCAUGGCAUCGCAGGCUGUGUGUAGUGGGCGGAGUUCAGCAAGGGGCCUGGAACAUAACGCAAGUCCGUCAGAUUUCCCAACCAUUAAAAUAUGCUCGCUAAUAUAUUUGCUUCUACAGCUACGUACCGACGAAUCUGGCUUUGGGCACACGAGACUGUUGGACACUCUGUGUUCAAUGGCAGACCGACUGACCUACUCGGACCUUGGAGACGUGCUGCAACGGUCGAGUCACUGCGCGGUGGAGGCCGUCGCAUUUUACCCGGGACGUCCCGCAGUUCUCUUUCUGUUGCGCGACGAAUACUCUGCUGUAAGAAGGCCUCCAGGCAUCGCAUUUGCAGUUCUCCAGACUCGGGUACAUGUUGUCGGGAGUCACGUGAUACAACCUCGAACUUUGAACUUUGACGACAGUGAUCGCUACCCAGAGAUGAGAUGCUUGCAGGCCGCAGCAAUGAAUUUUGUCCACCAGGAUACUGAGUAG